UCUUCACCGUAAUGAACGGCCGAUUAUUUGUCCCUGUGAAAAUACAGAGACAGCGUUUCACUGUUAUUCAAAAGAGAGACUUACUCUGAGUUAGUGGAAAGUGCUGAAGAAGGGAAAUAACAAGCAGAGGUUACCAAGGUAGCGAGGACGCACAGAAGGAGACGGAGGAGUGAGUAAAGCUGUUGUAGAGACAGGGGAGACGGAACCUUUUUUACAGUAGAUAUGUUUAGAUAAGCAAGCAAACAGGUAACUUUGCGGGUUCUGACGCUGAAAUCACCCACUGACUCGCUGUUGACUUGUCGAUGAAGCCCCUUUACGAUUCUGAACAGACAUCAACAACACGAUGGAGAAAUACGAAAAGCUGGCCAAAAUCGGAGAAGGUUCCUACGGUGUUGUGUUCAAAUGCAGACACCGAGACACUGGGCAGAUAGUCGCCAUCAAGAAGUUUGUAGAGUCUGAAGAUGACCCUGUAAUCAAGAAGAUUGCAUUAAGGGAAAUACGUAUGCUGAAGCAGCUGAAACAUGUGAACCUUGUCAACCUGCUGGAGGUCUUCAGGAGGAAAAGACGUCUCCACCUUGUGUUCGAGUUCUGUGAGCAGACGGUCCUCAAUGAGCUGGACAGACACCCUCGAGGGGUGCCUGAGGCUCAGCUGAAAAGUAUCGUGUGGCAGACUCUGCAGGCUGUGAGCUUCUGCCACAAGCACCAUUGCAUCCACCGUGAUGUAAAGCCGGAGAACAUCCUCCUCACCAAAACCGGAGUCAUCAAGCUGUGCGACUUUGGCUUCGCUCGCAUUCUGACGGGACCAGAGGACGACUACACAGAUUACGUAGCGACGCGUUGGUACCGGGCCCCUGAGCUGCUGGUGGGGGACACUCAGUAUGGACCUCCUGUGGACGUGUGGGCUCUGGGCUGUGUCUUUGCUGAGCUGCUCCAUGGGAAUCCUCUCUGGCCCGGGAAGUCUGACGUAGACCAGCUUUAUCUCAUCAGACAAACUCUAGGUGACCUGAUCCCUCGCCACCAGCAGGUGUUCCGCUCCAACGUUUUCUUCAGUGGAGUCAGUAUUCCCGAACCCGACACGACGGAGCCCUUAGAAAAGCGCUAUUAUGGAGUCUCUCUUCAUGCCCUCCAGGUUAUGAAGUCAUGCCUGGUGAUGGACCCGUCUCUCCGGUUGUCCUGUGAAGAGCUGCUGGAGCUGCCGUACUUCCAGGAAGAAGGAGCCAACUGGGUCCGCGAGAGUGAGCGUCCCGGGAGAAGAUUCGAAAAAGUGUCUCGUCGCAGACAGCCGGGGGCGCAGUACCUGCCUCAGCUACCAAACAGCAACAUCUCACCAGCACCAGAUGUCAAGAAGCAGGUGAAACAUAAAUAUCACCUGCCCAACAUCUAACUUAUUGACCUUGGAAAAAAAAAUGGACUUGUGCUACCGUAUGCCUUGUGGAAUUAUUUCAAUACAGUCAUCUUGAAGACGCAUUCAUUCUUGGUGUGACAGUAAGAAUGUAUAUUUUUUUUAAUUCUGUCUUCACUUUCCCCAUGUCUAUUUUUGUGACAUUUAACUUAAUUUUCUCGACACAUCAUACGAUAGUUUGGGCAUUUACAUUUUAAGACACACUUAGAGUACUAUUACCAAAGAAAGGACGUGUUAGAACCAGCCACACCUUACACCAGGUGCAAUAUAGUUUCUGCAUUUUUAUAGAUACAUAAAUGACAUGAAAUGCAUCCUAAAGGUCAACAGUGUGCCAUCCUCACAUGAACUGAAGUAAUAGUUUUUUAACACUACGGUCACUGAAAGACAGCAGGUUCAUACUUGCUACAAAAUAUGAUCAUUACAUGAGAAAAGAGCCGAUAAAGCACUAUUUUUAAUUGUAUCAUUAAAAUAUAGAAUGAAGCAAUGAGUUAGCUUUAUAACACAUUUUUUAAAAAAUGACAGAAUGUAUAACACAGUACCAUUUAUAACAAGAUGUACUUGUUGUGAAACACAGUUAAUGAUUAUUAAUACCUGCUACUCUGAAGUAAUAUGAUGAGUUUAACACAUGCACCGCUGUCUUUGGCAAUGAUCCUCUAAGCCUGACAUGUACAGUCACUGAGACACAGGACAGUGAUACACCUGAACAUGCAUCAACAAACUGACAACCUGACACAUAGCUUGACCGAUUACCUGACCUUGAACUCAUCAGAUUACAGAUGAUACUCGCAUUAAGUCACUGAGCUACAGGCUGUAAAAAGAGGGUCUCUGUGGUAAGGGGUAGUCACAAGAGAAUUGAUGGAACUUGGCCAAUAUAAUCCGUUUUGAGGUUGUUUUUUUGAAAGAAAGUAGAUCAUAAAACGUUGAUUUUAUUUUUAUGCGAUAUCAUGUGAUUCAUCUUCUACUGGAAAAAAAAUGAAAUAUCUAGUUUUAUGGGGAAACGAUGUGUAUAUAUAUAUAAAUAAUCCAAAACAACUCAAUAAACCUAACACUAAAAUUCCA